AUGGCGAACAUCGACAUGGCGAAGAUUCUGGCGGACCUGGACCGCGGCGCCGGCGACGCGCGGGUGCCCAAGACCAAGCUCGUCUGCACGCUCGGCCCGGCGUCCCGCACCGUGCCCAUGCUCGAGAAGCUGCUCCGCGCCGGCAUGAACGUUGCGCGCUUCAACUUCUCCCACGGCACCCACGAGUACCACCAGGAGACUCUCGACAACCUCCGCCAGGCCAUGCACAACACCGGCAUCCUCUGCGCCGUCAUGCUUGACACCAAGGGUCCUGAGAUUCGUACAGGGUUUUUGAAGGAUGGUAAACCAAUUAAGCUAACCAAGGGUCAAGAAAUCACUGUCACCACUGAUUAUGAUAUCAAGGGUGAUGAAAAUAUGAUUGCUAUGAGUUACAAGAAACUGCCUGUUGACGUGAAGCCUGGAAAUGUCAUACUCUGCGCAGAUGGUACUAUCUCUCUGGCCGUUCUGUCUUGCGAUCCUGAUGCUGGAACUGUGAGGUGUAGGUGUGAGAACACUGCAAUGCUUGGUGAGAGAAAGAACUGCAAUUUGCCAGGAAUUGUUGUGGAUCUUCCUACAUUGACUGAGAAAGAUAAAGAAGACAUUUUGGGCUGGGGUGUUCCAAAUGAUAUUGACAUGAUUGCCCUAUCCUUUGUCCGUAAAGGAUCAGAUUUGGUGACUGUCAGACAGGUUCUUGGGCAGCAUGCCAAGCGCAUUAAGUUGAUGUCAAAGGUUGAAAACCAAGAGGGUGUUGUAAACUUUGAUGAGAUCUUGAGGGAGACUGAUGCUUUUAUGGUUGCUAGAGGUGAUCUGGGAAUGGAGAUUCCAGUUGAGAAGAUUUUCCUUGCGCAGAAGAUGAUGAUCUACAAGUGCAACAUUGCUGGCAAACCUGUUGUUACUGCUACCCAGAUGCUCGAGUCAAUGAUCAAAUCUCCUAGGCCAACACGUGCUGAGGCCACUGAUGUUGCAAAUGCCGUUCUUGAUGGAACUGACUGUGUCAUGCUCAGUGGUGAGAGUGCUGCUGGAGCCUACCCCGAGGUGGCUGUGAAGAUCAUGGCUCGUAUCUGCAUUGAGGCAGAAUCUUCCCUGGACCACGAGGGAGUUUUCAAGGCGAUGAUCAGGUCCGCGCCUCUUCCAAUGAGCCCUCUGGAGUCUCUUGCAUCAUCUGCUGUGCGAACUGCCAACAAGGCCAAGGCCGCACUGAUCGUCGUCUUGACUCGCGGUGGCACCACGGCCAAGCUGGUCGCCAAGUACCGCCCCAGGGUUCCCAUCCUCUCUGUUGUCGUACCCGUGCUAACGACGGAUUCUUUCGACUGGACCAUCAGCUCCGAGGGCCCAGCUAGGCACAGCCUGAUCUACAGAGGUCUCAUUCCCCUCCUUGCCGAGGGCUCUGCAAAGGCUACAGAUUCAGAGUCGACGGAGGUGAUCUUGGAGGCCGCGCUGAAGUCGGCUGUGCAGAAGCAGCUUUGCAAGCCUGGUGAUUCCAUCGUGGCUCUUCACCGUAUCGGCGUUGCCUCUGUCAUCAAGAUCUGCAUCGUGAAGUGA